GUCCUCUUCUUCACUUCAACCCAAUUUCUCUCCUUCCUCCUCCUACUCAUUAAUAUAAUCAAAAAGAAACCCUAUCAUAACCUAUCUCAAUUGAAUCAAUUCAAUUCAAUUCAAUUCAAAUCAUCCCUUCCACCACCGCAACUAUGUCCGAAGAAGAAAGCUACAUCCCCGCCUCCCUAAUCGACCCCACCUUCGCACACACCACCAACCUCGCCUCCAACGCCCUCAACAGCUCCAUCCUCUCCUGCAGCAACGAAUACUUCGCCGCCGCCUCCAACCUCCUCACCCCGACCCCUCCCAUCAACCGCCCAGGCGUCUUCAUCCACACCGGCGCCUGGUACGACGGAUGGGAAACCCGUCGCCACAACCCCGCUCCCUACGACUGGGUCGUGAUCAAGCUCGGCGUCAGCAGCGCCUCCAUCCAGGGCGUUGAAAUCGACACCGGUUUCUUCACCGGCAACUACGGCGAAAAGGCUUCUUUGCAGGCUACCUACGCUGCGCCGGGAACCCCGGACUCGGUGGUCGCAGACGAGGGGUAUGAAGGGUGGGAGACGAUUCUUCCCCCCGUGGCGUGUGGGCCGGCGCAGAGGCGCGCGUGGAAUGUAGCGGAGGAGAAGGUUGCGGGUCCGUAUACGCAUGUGCGCUUGUUGAUGUUUCCGGAUGGUGGGUUUGGGAGAGUGAGGGUUUAUGGGACUGCGAUUCCGCCGCCGCCGCCGCCGGCGGUUGGAGUAGAGGGGGAAUCGGUGGGAGAGGAGGAGUUAAGUUCGGCGCUGGUGGGUGCGGUGGCGCUGGGUGCAUCGGAUCAGCAUUAUACGCCGUGUUCGAAUUUGUUGUUGCCUGGAAGAGGCAAGGAUAUGGGGGAUGGGUGGGAGACGGCCAGGUCGAGGGUGCAGGGACAUGUGGAUUGGGCGAUUGUGAAGUUGGGGUUGGAGGGAGAGGUCAGUCGGGUGGUGGUGGAUACGAAGGAUUUCAGGGGCAAUUUCCCUAGGGCUGUGAGGGUGCAUGGGUUGGUGAAGGGGAGUGUUGCGGAGGGAGAGGUGCCUGGGCAGGAUCAUCCGGGGUGGGUGGAGGUGGUCAAGGGUGAUCAGCCGUGUCAGGCAGAUACGGAGCAUGUGUUUGAGGGGGCAGAUGUGGUGGCUGGCUCCAGGACGUUCACUCAUGUCAAGUUGACGCUGGUACCUGAUGGAGGUGUCAAGCGGUUCCGGAUCUUUGGCAGACGCAGUGUUGCGUAAAGGGGUGGUGGGUUAUUAUUAUGUAGCUCUGGUGAUGUUUGUACACGGAUUAAAUGGAUCAAUGACUGAACUCUUUAUAUAACGAAAUUCUUGCACGGCACAUACAAGGCAUCAAAAC